ACACCCUUAGAGUGGGUGACAGUGACCUGCCUGGCCUGAUCCUGGUGCCUGGUGUGGUGAGGGGCCCCAGUGUGUCCAGAGGAGCCCAGUGUGCACUGAGGCAGCCAUGGGGCUGCUGACCUGGGAUAAACUGGGGCCUGUGGCUGUGGCUGUGGCCAUCUUCCUGCUCCUGGUGGACCUGAUGCACCGGCGCCAACGCUGGGCCCCACGCUACCCCCCAGGCCCCAUGCCCCUGCCUGGGCUGGGCAACCUGCUGCAGGUGGACUUCCAGGACACGGUUUCCAGCUUUACUCGGCUGCGGCGCCGCUUCGGGGACGUGUUCAGCCUGCAGCUGGCCUGGACGCCCGUGGUCGUGCUCAACGGGCUGGCGGCCAUUCGCGAGGCGCUGGUGCACCGCGGCGAGGACACCUCCGACCGCCCACGUGUGCCGGUGAUGGAGCACCUGGGUUUCGGGCCGCACGCGGAAGGUAAGAGGAGGAGGGGAGGACAGCGGGGUGGUCUUUGCCCGCUAUGGGCACACCUGGCGGGAGCAGCGGCGCUUCUCCGUGUCCACCCUGCGCAACUUCGGCAUGGGCAAGAAGUCCCUGGAGCAGUGGGUGACCCAGGAGGCCUCGUACCUCUGUGCCGCCUUCGCCGACCAGGCCGGCCCUUUAGCCCCAACGCCCUCCUGAAUAAAGCGGUGAGCAACGUGAUCGCCUCCCUGACCUUCGGGCGCCGCUUCGAGUACAAUGACCCGCGCUUCCUUAAGUUAUUGGACCUAAUGGAGGACAUACUGAAGGAGGAGUCAGGCUUCCUGCCCCAGGUGCUGAACGCGAUCCCCAUGCUCCUGCACAUCCCAGGGCUGGUCGCCAAGGUCUUUCCUGGGCAGAGGGCCUUCAUGGCCCAGCUGGAUGAGCUAGUUGCUGAGCACAGGAUGAACCGGGACCCGGCCCAGCCUCCUCGAGACCUGACUGAUGCCUUCCUGGACGAGGUGCAGAAGUCCAAGAGGAACCCUGAGAGCAGCUUCAAUGAUGACAACCUGCGCCUGGUGGUGACCGACCUGUUCUUUGCCGGGAUGGUGACCACCUCGACCACGCUGGCCUGGGCCCUUCUGCUCAUGAUCCUGCAACCGGAUGUUCAGCGCCGUGUCCAACAGGAGAUCGACAAGGUGAUAGGGCAGACGCGGCGACCAGAGAUGGGGGACCAGGCCCACAUGCCCUUCACCUUGGCCGUGGUCCAUGAGGUUCAGCGCUUUGGGGACAUCAUCCCACUGGGUAUACCCCACCUGACAUCCCGUGACAUUGAAGUGCAGGGCUUCCUCAUCCCCAAGGGGACCACACUCAUCACCAACGUGUCAUCGGUGCUGAAGGAGGAGACCAUCUGGAAGAAGCCCUUCCGCUUCCACCCUGAGCACUUCCUGGACGCCCAGGGCCACUUCGUCAAGCAGGAGGCCUUCAUGCCCUUCUCAGCAGGCCGCCGCUCGUGCCUCGGGGAGCCCCUGGCCCGCAUGGAGCUCUUCCUCUUCUUCACCUGCCUCCUGCAGCGCUUCAGCUUCUCGGUGCCCGCUGGGCAGCCCCGCCCCAGCGAUCAUGGUUGCUUUGGCUCCUUGGUAACCCCAUCGCCUUAUCAGCUGUGUGCUGAGCCCCGCUAGAGGGGGCACCAAGCCCCCAACCUGCUCCUUCACGGGGGCCCUAUCUCCAAUAAACUGGUCUGAUGGCUCCAACCUGGCUUGAGUCCCACCUGAGCCCCCUAAACAGCCUCCGGCAGUGAUGUGGCCUCAGUACUCUCUCCAGGGACAGAUCCUACCUCUCCUUGAUCCAGCCUCACCUGGCAUUUGACCCCAUUUGACAGACGGAUAUACUGAGGCUCAGAAGAUGACAGCUUGUCCCCUAGUCACUCAUGCAGACCCAACACUGGCUGCCCUGGUUGGUGACUAAGUCCAUGUAGGUCUUGACUCCUGCGUGUGAGGGGGCGGGAGGAGUGUGAAUGGGCUUCUGAUGGAAUCAGCCCAAUCCCGGGCUGGGUGAGCGCCCUCGGGUUCAGGGAUUCACUGCAAGGACUCACGGGAGUCAGAACAGCUGUUAUCCUUACGGUUAUGGUUUUCCAGAGAAAGGAUCCAGACAGAAUCUGCAGUGGUCAAAGGCACAUAAGUGGAGUUCAGGAAAAGUGGACACAAGCUUCCAGCUGUCUCUCUGAGGAUUCGUGCAGACAGUGCUCAGUUCUUUCAGCAGUGAUGUGUGACACAAGCAGAGAGUUUGCUCACCAUGGAAGCUCCCCCGAGUCUCUGUGUCCAGGGAUUUUGUUGGAAGUCAGUCACUUAGACUGCGAGAGCCACAUGGCUGACCUCAGUUACUCAGUCUCCAGCCUCUCUCAAAGUCAGUCAGUGUGGCCCAAGGUCCCACCAUCAGUCACACUUUUGGCAUAAACUGUAUGGUGUGACCCGAGUCCUCAGAUACAGAGAGCCUCUUGUCUGUCAGGUCAUCCCUCAGGCUUAAGGGAUGUUUAACAGGUGCUUGUCAAGAACCAACCGUGUUGUUUUGGAAUGUUCAGGGACUGAAAACCCCAAACCUACUGACUAGGUUUUCACUGCAAAGACCAGCCCCCUCCUUUCUGGCUCCUACAGCAAAAUGAGUAUCUACACUUUCUGUGUGUGUGUGGUAAAAUACACAGAACAUAAAAUUUGCCAUCCUAAUCAUUUUUGAGUUU